AAGCGGUCGUCAACUCGAGGCUGUGUUCACUGUAAACAUCGGCCAGUCGGCGAAUGCAAGUCGAGGCGAGUGUAAGCAUGGCGACCGAACAAUGGUUCAAACUUCUUCAAGAUGCCAAGAAAACGGCGAUUAUUCAAGAUGGAAACAGAAAAGUCCACUUUUUAUUUGAAAAUGGCAAAGAAUUUGUAGAAGAGUACAAUUUGGAUACAAAUGUUGUGGUCCGGAGAGCUUGGAGAAAAAAAGGUGAUUUGGGCCAAGAUUUAGGAUGGGAAGUUGAAAUUGGCGAUCCAGAGCCUAAUAUUAAUGCAGUUGACAAACUUGAAACUGCUGGUAUUCGUGAGAGUUCUAGUAAUCCCAUUGUUUCAAGAAGAAUCACUAAAACUGGCUUAGAAUGGAGAAUAAGAAACCUCAGCUAUCCUGUUGAUGUUUACUCUGUAACAGCAGAAGAGGAUGGAACAAUCACUGUCAGAACUAGUAAUAAAAAGUAUUACAAAAAGUUAACAGUACCAGAUUUAGAAAGAGUAGGCCUGCGACCAGAGCAUGAUAGACUGAGUUUCAAACAUCAGUACAAUACUUUAAUCAUAACGUACAAAAAACCUCCAAAGCUAAUCGAGUUGGAGAAAAAGAUAUUCGAAAUGGUAUCAAAACAGAAAGUUAAUAAAGACGGUGAUGUUCAAUGUCCAACCAAGUAACAGGAUAAAUUGAAGAAAAUGUUUGACAAAGAAUUCAUUCAAUUGUAUCAAGACUAUGAAAUUGUUUAUUUUAAUGAACUGCACAAAAAUUAAUGAUCGAUAAUUAAGUUUAAUUAUGUGUCUAUUUUA